AUGCUGGCCACCCACAUUAGCCGAGCUUUCUUCAAGCUCUGCCACGGGAAUCAACUGGUCUACAACACUUGCUGGGAAGACCCGCGGCUCGACCGCGUCGCCCUGCAGCUUGGCGAAGGCGACCGACUGAUUGUUAUCACCUCCGCGGGCUGCAACGCGCUGGACUACGCGCUCGACGGCCCGGCGCGGAUCGACACGGUCGACGUCAACCCGCGUCAGAACGCGCUGCUUGACCUCAAGCUCGCCGGCAUCCGCACGCUUAGCUACGAGCAGUUCUUCGACCUCUUCGGUCGUGGCAAGACCGAUAACUGGGAGGCCGUCUAUACCGACGCCAUCCGCGCCGAGCUCCCCGAGGCGAGCCGCCAGUUCUGGGACAAGCACGGCAAGUUCUUCCUCGGACAAGGCCGGCGCCCGAGCUUCUACUUCCGCGGCACCGCGGGCAUGUUCGCCUCGUGGAUCAACUGGUACAUCAACCGCUACGCCAAGGUCCGCGACGACAUCGAAGCCCUGUUGGCCGCCGACACGGUCGAACAGCAAAGAGAGAUCUACGAGAGCCGCGUGAAGCCCGCCUUCUGGGGCCCGUACAUCAAGUGGUUCAUGCGGCGUGACGCGGCGCUGUCGCUGUUGGGAGUGCCCCGCGCGCAGCGGAAGCAGCUCGAGCGCUACUACCCCGGCGGCAUCGCCAAGUUUGUCGAAGACAGCCUCGACACGGUGUUCAGCGAGCUGCCGCUCAAGGACAACUACUUCUGGCGCGUCUACCUGACGGGCGAGUACACCAAGGAGUGCUGCCCCGAGUACCUGAAGGAAGAGAACUUCGCUCGCCUGAAGGGGACGAACGGCCAGCCCGGCCUUGCCGAGCGCGUCCACACGCACACGACAACGAUCCUCGACCACCUCAAGGGUGCCGACUGCAACUACUCGCACUUCGUGCUGCUCGACCACAUGGACUGGAUGGCCGAGCACAUGCGCGACGUGCUCGGUCUCCAGUGGCAAGAGAUCAUCGACCGAUCGGACGACGAUGCGAAGUACCUGUGGCGUAGCGCCGCGGUGAUUUGCGAGUUCGUCGAUCCGAUCACCGUCAAUGUCGGCGGCAAGACGCGGCACCUCGGCGACAUCCUCGAAUACAACC